CUCUCGCAAUAGCGCUUGCUUGAUCAUUCCAUCUCCCACACGUCCAACAUGGACUCGACGCGCUCCGUCUCACAUACAAUCCAGGGGCAGAGCGUUGCGCAGCCUCUCACGGCCUCUGCCGCCGUGGCGGGCACCGUGACGCCUCCAGACGCGUUUGAUCGCCUUCAGCCCGAGCCGGCAUCACAGGCGCACAUCCUCCGCUCGUAUCAGCGCGACACGGCGCAGGUGGGCCGCUUGACAGAGCUAGUGAGCGAGCUGCUCCGAUCUAUGGCUGGCACCCGUUGGCUUACCCACAAGCAGACGAUUGUCGAUCUUGCCGUGCGCGCCGUAUACCUCAUGCUCACGUUUGGGCGGGGGCGCCAGACGCUGGGAGAAGAGUACACCGACAUCUUGCCCACUGCCAACAAGCUCGCGCCAACACGAAGGCGGCGCUUGCUCACCGUUGCACUCCUUCUCCUCCCCACAGCGCUUACUUCGCCCUCCAUGCUGCACUACCUCCGCGGGGACCCGUACGACCACUCGCGGUGGGCAGCCGCCAAGCGGCGUGUGGCGAGGUUCAUCGAGAGUCCCCUGGGCCAGAGUCUGCCCGAAAUUCACCUCGUCAUGUUUAUGUUCGGCGGGCGUUUCUACGAGUUUGCGCGUCGCGCCACCGGCAUGGUCUACGUUUCUGACAUGCCGCCACUUCCCGCCGAGCACAAGCCGGCGUCGUAUGAGCCCCUCGGCCUUAUCAUGGCUCUGCCCCUUCUCUACCGCCUCUUCCCGCGGAGCACUGGCGGUGCUUCGGGAGCAUCAGCGACACGUGCAGUCGCCGGGAGCAUGGAGGAAAAGGUCAAGGAGAACGACUACAGCGGGACAGCAACGCCCAUUAGAAAUGCACCCGAAGACAGCGUGGUUGUCACCAGCGAGGAGCAGUAUGACCUGCCCAACACAUACCUCGACGAGGAGGCACUUGACCUUCCAGAGCGGCAGUGCACGCUCUGCCUUGAGAGCCGGGGGACAGGGGAGGGGAGCGGUGGUACGACCGCCGUCACGGAGUGUGGACACAUCUUCUGCUGGGGCUGCUUGGGCGGGCUGGACAAAAUGGAGUGUCCCCUGUGCAGGCAGGCGCUGCGGAUGGAGCGCCUCAUCGCAGCAUACAACUUGUAGCCCGUUGGUUAGAGAGGAGGACGUCAUGAGCCAUGCACCAUCACUGUCGUUAUGCACAUUUACAUGCUAUGCUA